AUGUAUUAUCGUGAUGGUUCUCUUUUUGACGACUCAUACCCCCCAUCCACUUCCCAGAAAUGGGAUCCAGUGACUGUGCUGGAGCUUUUCAACUACGCUAAGAUGGCUAUAACCUGUCCUGGUACUACGAAGAAAAAGCGAAGGUGUCGAAACCCUAUUGCUCAACACAAUUUGAAGCAUUCUCUAAGGGUUCUUAAUGGGUUGGCGAGCGAGCCCGCCUCUAAGGCAGCGACAUCACCGGAACUCUGCAAACCACUAGGUGUCAUGUUAUGCUACCACCAUCAUCGCUACCUCUCAGACAUACUCUGCGAAUGGCAGUCUCGCCUAAACGAUUGGGCUGCUAGACAUGACGAGUCGGAUGAGGAUACGGAAAGUGAUGUGGACAGCGAUGUGGACAGCGAUACGAAUACGUGGAGGCCCGACUAUACACCUAGAGGCGAACCUUACGUGACGACUGAAACACUUGAAUACUAUAUCCUAUAUGGAUACACGAGAAGAGAGAGAGAAAGGGAAGAUGCAAGGCAGCGGAGGGCCGACGAGAAACGGAGAAGAAAAGAGGAAAAGAGGAAAAGGGAAGAGGAGCAAAGGCGAAAGGAAGAGGAGAGAAAACGGAAGGAAGAGGAGAGAAAACGGAAAGAAGAGGAGAAAAGACGGAAAGAAGAGGAAGCCCGCGAAAGGGCGUUUCGUGAGCGAGUCCGCCUUGCCGAAGAGCAGAAAGAGCGGGAGGCCAGAGAAAAGGCGAAGAGGGAGUCCGAAGAAUGGCGCUCCUCAUGGGAUCGCUAUUCAAGAGGGUGGAACAGCAGUGCCGACCUGGUUCCAGGAAGCAUCCCCUGGCCGGUAAAAUCAGGACGACGAUCAGACGUUAACGAAGUCAACGUGAAGCAGUUCUUCGCUAAAGCGCCACCAGAGUCGCUAGUGGAUUCGAGCGAGAAAAGAUUCAAGCUCAUGAAUGCAGAAAAUAAGAGAUGGCACACAGAUAAAAUCAUGCAACGCUUUGGCCUGGGCGUAUUGCGUGGCUCUGCGAAGCCUGCCCUGGAUACCAUCGCCAAAACUUUGAUCGAGUUGAGGCAAGAGGCUCAGAGGAAUCGGUAG